UCCCUCUUUCGGGUUUUUCAUGGUCGUGCAAAGAAACACAGAAACAUCGACUUAUUUAUGCACACGUUUUAAUUCCUUGCACGCAAGAAUCUCUGGUUGUCUGAUUUUUCAUAUUUAUGGUUGAAGUAUGGCAGUUGGCGACAGCGCCAUCUUUCUCUCUCUGAUUAGAAACUCGUGAAUUUAUCCAUUUUUCCCAUCGUCGGCAUUGAGAAUUCGGAUUUUAGGUAGAUUAUCUUUUCCCAGCUUGGAUUCUAGUCUGUACUUUGAGAAAUCGGUGGUUUUCAGGAUCUUGGGUUCCUGAAUUAGCGGUUUCCUUUCUGUCUCGGCGUAGGCGGCGAUUGCAGCGUCUGUGGGGAUUCUGACCUGAGGCUGUCAGAGACCAGUUUAGCCUUUAUUUUGGGAUUGUGUUGGCUGUUCCGAGUGACGGAUUGGAAGAGGUUUUGUUGAUUUGAGUUUCGAUUGUGUGGUUUCUUUAGCUUGACUGCCGAAGCUUAGCCGUGAACGUGAAUUUUUGGUGCUUUUGUAGUGAUACUAGCAAAGUGGGAUGACGAUCGGGAGCUUGGCCCCUCCAAGAGAAAAGAAAUCAAGGAACAAUAAGCAAGUGGUGGAUGAGAAAGCGCCUCUGCUCCCAAGGAAACAAGAUGAGCUUCAAGGAGAGUUGGAUGGGUUCAAUGGGGCUUCAUUUUCUGGCGCGGUAUUCAAUCUUUCUACCACGGUUGUUGGUGCUGGGAUCAUGGCUUUACCUGCCACCAUGAAAGUUCUUGGGCUUGGACCUGGUAUAGUAAUGAUCAUCUUAAUGGCAUUUCUGACGGAGGCCUCGAUUGAGAUCCUCUUGAGGUUCAGCAGAGCUGGGAAGACAGUCUCAUAUGGAGGGCUUAUGGGAGAAGCUUUUGGGAGAACUGGAAAGAUAUUGUUGCAGAUAUGUGUCAUUAUUAACAAUGUAGGCGUGUUGAUUGUCUACAUGAUCAUCAUAGGUGAUGUGCUUUCUGGGACAUCCUCAACUGGAGUGCAUCACGCUGGUCUUCUGGAAGGAUGGUUUGGCGAACACUGGUGGAAUGGACGUGGAUUCAUUUUGCUGAUUACAACUUUAGCUAUAUUUGCCCCAUUGGUAUCAUUCAAGCGUGUUGAUUCUCUGAGAUUUACUUCUGCACUAUCAGUGGCACUUGCAGUGGUAUUUGUUGUUAUAACAGCUGGCAUCACUAUUGUUAAAUUGAUAAAUGGAAGCAUAGCAAUGCCCAGGUGGACACCUCAUAUUACAGAUAUGGCAUCCAUCUGGAACCUUUUUACAGUGGUUCCUGUGCUUGUGACUGCUUAUAUCUGCCACUACAAUGUCCAUAGCAUAGAGAAUGAGCUUGAGGAACCUUCACAAAUGAAGUCAAUAGUCCAUACCUCGCUGGCCCUCUGUUCCACAGUUUAUGUUGCAACCAGCUUCUUUGGUUUCCUUCUGUUUGGGGAGGAAACUCAGGAUGAUGUCUUGGCUAACUUUGAUUCUAACCUUGGGAUCUGCUACAGCUCAAUACUGAAUGAUGCUGUCCGCAUUAGCUAUGCUGUUCACUUGAUGCUUGUCUAUCCCAUCAUCUUCUUUGCUCUUCGGCUCAACGUGGAUGGGCUUCUCUUUCCAUCUUCAAGACCCCUGGUACAGGAUAACAGGAGGUUUGCUUUGGUUACUGUGGGGCUUAUUGGAAUCAUCUUCCUGGGGGCAAACUUCAUACCCAGCAUCUGGGAUGCCUUCCAAUUCACAGGAGCAACUGCUGCUGUUUGUAUUGGUUUCAUCUUCCCUGCAGCCAUUGCACUCAGGGAUUCUCAUGGUAUUGCAACCAAGAGGGACAAGUACCUGUCAGUGUUCAUGAUUGUGCUUGCUGUCUUCUCUAACUUGGUGGCUAUAUAUAGUGAUGCAUACACCAUGUUCAAGAAGAGCAAGGUUUCUCCAAGGGCCUAGAAUGGCAGGUUUUUAUACAGCGUGUCUCUUGUCUGUACAUAUGUUCCUGAAGGAGUUGGUUUGCUGAGUACAGAAAACCGAGGCUUGAAAGGAGGUACUGCCAGUUCAACAAAAGUUGGAAUAUUUUUUCAAGUAAUAUUCAAAUUGAAAAAUGUUCUAGAUCCUUUAAGUGAAAAUUGUAUCAAUAAACAUGGAUUGAAGUUUAUAUAGUCAAGAGCUUGUAAAUUUGCUUGGAAUAAACGGAACUUUGAGUAUUGCUGUGAGAGUCUACUUCCAGACUUGUACUUGACCCUUUUUUUUUGCAUCUCAACGCCAAAAUGCUGAGAACUGGUUGGUUGUGAAAGAAUUAAGGACAAUAAUCUUAAUUUCGGAAUUUCUGUA